AUGAACGGCGCCCCGCCCAUUCCCUUCAGUAGAACCGACCUGGAGCGACAGCGGCUAGAGAGCACACUCGACCACGAUCUCUCCACGCUGUCGCUCGGCGCCUCAAACCCUUCAACAUCCUUUGCCUCGCACUCAUCCGUCUCGACCUUGGGUGUACCACGCUCCGCCGCAGUCCACGACUACCGGCCCACCUUAACGUUUGACGAGACGCCCCGUCGUCCAGCCCGCCACCCGUCGUGUGCCGCGUCCUUUGCGAGCGCAGGCGUUGGAGCCUCACCCACCUCUACGGACGGUCACCACGUCAGUGCAGCCACUCUCGGUGCCGGCGUGUUCAACAUCCCCAACCGCCGCGAGGCCCCAGCGGGAGAGUUUGAUCCCGACCGCUCGCUCGGCCGCCUCGUCGGACAGCUCACCCGCGCCAUGGAGGAGGAGCGUAUCAUCAACAAGCCCGCGUCGCCGUUUCGUCCUGCCUCGCCGCGCUCGCCCACGCCACAGAAUCAGUUACCCAACCUCUCCUUCUCGCUCGGCCGGAACGACCCGCUCCCUUCGCCGCCGCAGAGCCGUACCGUGUCCGCUACCUCGUCCAAGUCGAGCGGGUCGGGCUCGGGUCCAAACGCUCUGGCCGAACUUCAGACCCAAACAUACCACCACGACGAAUCCAUCCGCCGUCCGCUCGUAGACACCAGGCGGCACAACCAGCCUCAGGCUCCGCCUGAACGGCAAUACAAGAAGGGUUCAUACAAGGCGCCAUACCUCGUCCCUGUCGUACAGCCGUCCCCUGGCCGCCGUGACAGGACCUAUGACUUAACUGGCAUAACGGGCCUGCUGGCGACGCCGAUGAAGGGCCCCGGGUUCGAGGAGAUCGACAAGAAUGCUGCCCCGGCCACGAUGGGCGCGGGCGUGCCUUCGGCCCUCGCGAGCCUGCAGGCGCACGUCCGCGCUCUGCAGAACGAGAACGGCGUUGCGAACCACCGCAUUGCCGAGCUCGAGGUUGAGUGCGCGCGCGCCCGUGAAGAGGUUGCAGAGAUGCAAGCGGGCGCGGACACUCGUCUUGCCGAGGUGGUCGGCGAGAAGGCAGCGCUCGAGGAGCUCGUGGCGUCCCUCCGCACACACCUUGUUCGCCUCACCGCCGAGCUCGAUGCGCAAAAAGCCGCGAUCGCCGAGCUGCGCCGCAUGCGCGACACCGACGUGCGUUCCGACCUGGCCACUAUAAAGGAGGACAUCGAGCGGCUGUCGCGCGAGGUCGCGCGUCUCAAUGAGAUCGCCGAGCAAGGACUCAUCGCUCGUACCAAUGCGCGCUCGCAGCGCAGCAUGCAUGUGGAGGCUCUUGAUCUCGCUGAAGAGGUGGCGCGCGUGAGCGCCGAAGUGGGGGCGCGCGAGUCGCGUGCAGUCCAGACCCACCUCCCGUCCCAGCUCCGGCAGGGGAUCCACGCCGCCGGCGCGCCGAACAUCACCCUCCUCCCGGCGUCCGCAAAGGCUGCUCGUGUCGCCAACGAGAGCGACGAGGAGAGCGACGUCACGCACUCUCCGACACCGUCCCGCCGCCCCGGGUCACGCGCAAGCCAGGUUGACGACCUCCGGCCUGCAUCGCGUCAGAGCCACGCUGAAAGCCUCCGCCACGUCUCGCGACAGAGCGUGGACGCCCGCCCGGUUUUGAGGCAGAGCGUGCUCUCGCCGCAUCUCGACGCUUUCCGCCCCGCCCGCCAAGUCAUCCCCGAAGAACAAGACACCAUGAUUUACGUGCCUGCACACGAAGGACCGUCGCCUGCUGCCCAGCGUGCCGAGCACGAACUGCAGCGGAAGGAGCACAGUCGCCGCGAGUACAACGCGCGCGACGUGGCCCCCAACCUCUCGGGCUCGUCGACGCGCAGCCGACGCAACGAGGGCCCCGCGUCGCCGUUCCCCUCUAUUCGCGCUGAGGACGAGCUAUCGUUCUUCUCUGAGCGGCCCAGCCCACACGACUCGCCGCGGAUCAUGCCUCGCCGCGCCGACAAGUCACGUGCCGAUCUCUCAGCUGCUGACCCCGCUAGGAUGCCUUUUGGCACCAGUGUGGCUGGCUCUAGAGUACCUUCGGGCGGCAGCGUCGCACCUACUGUCCGAAUGACAUCUGGCGACCGCGACCGCGUCCGCCCUUCCUCCAGAGUGCCUUCGGGCGCCAGCGCCCGUUCCUUACCUGGAAUCCGGCCCACCGCCUCCUCGUCUGCCCACACCGUCGGUGCUGCCACCGUCCGCUCGAUACUCGAGGGCGCCGACGUGCCUCCUGCUACGGUCCUCGCGCGGGUCAUUGCCGAGCUCGAGGCCGACUUUGCCCAUUACAAGAGUAUCUACGUCGAACUCGCCGACCAGUACAAGGUACUCGACGCUGCGAGUGCCGUGGCGAAACGCCACGUCUUGGCCGCGCACCUCAAGGAGGUGAUUGACUGUCUUGAACACAAGGCCGACCAAGUCGCUGCCCUCUACAGCCUUAUGAGCGUGCAUGACCGGCCCGCGUCGCCCGCGAUCGUGCCCCGCGCCGUGCGCUCAGUGCACGAGCUGUGGGCAGGUGUGCGCGACGUCCUUGGUGAGGACGCUGUGCGGCGCCUCGAAGCGGAUGGGCUGUUCCGCCACUAG